GCUCUGAGCUCCGGAGGUCAGACACUUGAGGGUAGUACCAAGAGGAUAUCAUGUUGAAGAUGAACCGGUGGCAGCGACAGAGCCAAAGCCAGAGCUGGAAUCUGAGGAGAAAGUGUUACAGAAGGAAGUGUAUCUUCAUACAUCAUCACACCUGAAAGCAGACCUUGAUCCACUGCAGAGAUGGCAGCUGAGUCAUUGCCUUUCCCCUUUGGGACAAUGUCCAAUUGGGAGCUGGAAGCCUGGUAUGAGGACCUGCAGGAAGUCCUGUCCUCAGAUGGGGGUACCUAUAUCUCACCCCCUGGAAAUGAAGAGGAAGAAUCGAAAACCUUCACCACUCUUGACCCUGCAUCUCUAGCUUGGCUGGCUGAGUUGCCAGGACCAGCAGAGGUCACAAGCACCUCCCAGAGCCCUCAAUCUCCAGAUUCCAGUCAGAGUUCCUUGGUGCAGGAGGAAGAGGAGGAAGAUCAAAGAAGAACCAGGAAACGGAAACAGAGUGGCCCAUGUCCAGCCCGUGCUGGGAAGCAGCGCAUGAAGGAUAAAGAACAGGAGAAUGAAAAGAAAGUAGCACAGCUAGCUGAAGAGAAUGAACGGCUCAAGCAGGAAAUUGAACGACUAACCAAGGAAGUAGAAGCAACACGCCGAGCUCUGAUUGACCGAAUGGUUAAUCUUCACCAAGCAUGAACAAUUGGGACUAUCACUCCCCAACUUGGGCCAGUACCUACCUUUCAUGGAAGUGGCUACUGACCACUCUCACACCAUGCCAAUGACAUGACCAUCAAAUGCAUGUGUUCAGUAGGGGAAAAAUAUGGGAUAGACCAAAGGAAAGUAUCUCCACUUGUAUAUAUAUAGAUAGAUAGAUUGUACAUUUAUUGAUUACUGUUCAUAUCCAGUAAAGUGGCUUUCUAUGAA